AUGGAAAUACUGAGAACAAUCACCUACCAGCCGAACAGCGGGAACAAGAUGUGCGAUCCGGCCGUGGGCAGGGUGUGUGACCCCGGGCGGAGGUGGAAGGUCCCGGGAGGAGAAGGAGACACACAAGCCCUCCACCAUACCUGUCCCAACCCCUCCGGAGAGCUGUCCAGGAUCAUCACCGACCCCGGCACCGGGAGACGAUACUGCCGGGGGAAAGUGCUGGGCAAGGGUGGUUUUGCAAAGUGCUAUGAAAUGACAGACUUGACCACGAACAAAAUCUAUGCUGCAAAAAUUAUCCCGCACAGCAGGGUGUCCAAACCUCAUCAGAGAGAGAAGAUUGACAAAGAAAUCGAGUUGCACAGGACCCUAAACCACAGGCACGUUGUGCAGUUUUAUCACUAUUUUGAGGAUAAGGAGAACAUCUACAUAUUACUGGAGUACUGCAGUCGAAGGUCUAUGGCACACAUAUUAAAGACCAGGAAAGUACUGACAGAUCCAGAAGUGAGAUACUACCUCAAACAAAUUGUGUCUGGCUUGAAAUAUCUACAUGAGCAAGAAAUCCUGCACAGGGACCUAAAAUUAGGAAAUUUUUUCAUAAAUGAAAAUAUGGAGUUGAAAGUGGGCGACUUUGGCCUCGCAGCAAGAUUGGAGCCAAUGGAACAAAGAAGAAGAACAAUUUGUGGUACACCAAAUUACCUCUCGCCUGAAGUGCUUAACAAACAAGGACAUGGCUGUGAAUCUGACAUCUGGGCUUUAGGAUGUGUCAUGUAUACAAUGCUGCUUGGAAGACCUCCAUUUGAAACCACAAAUCUUAAAGAAACCUAUAGGUGUAUCAGGGAGGCUAAAUACUCUUUGCCAUCCUCUCUAAUGUCUUCUGCCAAGCAUCUUAUCGCCAGCAUGCUAUCCAGAAACCCAGAAGACAGACCCAGCCUAGAGGAAAUUAUUCAACAUGACUUCAUCACACAGGGCUUCACACCAGACAGACUUCCAUCAAGCUGCUGUCACACUGCACCAGACUUCCACUUAUCAAGUCCAGCAAAAAGCUUCUUCAAGAAGGCUGCUGCAGCCUUGUUUGGUGGGAAGAAAGAAAAGGCCAAAUACCUAGAUAACCACAAUAAACCUGCAAAGGAAGAUGAAGAGAUCUACAAGCUAAGGCAGGACUUAAAGAAAACAGCCAUAUCUCAUCAGGCUCAGAAUCCCAGAACGGAUGAGGAGAGUAAAACAGUAUCCAAGUCCAACAUCCAUGACAAGCCUGACAAGCAGCAGAUGGGGGACACGAUACGACUCAUUGUUCGAGGGACCCUGGGUAGCUGCAGCAGCAGCAGUGAGUGCCUGGAAGACAGCACAAUGGGCAGUGUGGCAGACACUGUUGCAAGAGUCCUCAGGGGCUGCUUAGAAAACAUGCCAGAUUCAGACUGUAUCCCAAAAGAACACAUAAGCACCUCAUUCCACUGGGUGACAAAGUGGGUGGACUACUCCAAUAAGUACGGCUUUGGUUACCAGCUAUCAGACCACACGGUUGGAGUGUUGUUCAAUAAUGGAGCACACAUGAGCCUACUGCCUGACAAAAAGACUGUGCACUACUAUGCUGAGCUUGGGCAGUGUUCCAUCUUCGCAGCUGCAGAAGCCCCAGAGCAGUUCAUCAGCCAAGUCACUGUGUUAAAAUACUUCUCUCAUUACAUGGAAGAGAAUCUUAUGGAUGGAGGUGACUUGCCCAGUGUAACAGACAUAUGUAGACCGAGAUUGUACCUGCUGCAGUGGCUGAAGUCUGACAAGGCCCUAAUGAUGCUCUUCAAUGAUGGCACUUUUCAGGUAAAUUUCUACCAUGAUCACACGAAGAUCAUAAUCGCCAACCAAAACGAUGAAUACCUGUUGACUUAUAUCAAUGAAGACCGGAUGUCUACGACUUUCCGUCUGAGCACAUUAUUAAUGUCAGGUGGCUCGAAUGACUUGAGAAACAGAAUGGAAUAUGCAUUGAACAUGUUGUUGCAGAGGUGUAAUUAA